AUGGACUACCAUUGUGUACUUCCUAACACCGAUCCCAACAAUGUCACCAUAGCGGAUCUGGCAAUACCGGACACGAUGUGUUCCCCAGCAGGAGGCGGAGGAUAUGAAUGUCCAGGUGAAAUGGUCUGCAUGCGACUAAACUUGAACGCCAAAGCCGAAGGAUUCUAUGGGAUGUUCAACGACUUUGGUGCCAGUGUUUUCACAGUUUAUCUGGCAGCUUCCGAAGAAGGAUGGGUGUACGUGCUGUACGACUGUAUGGACUCCUUACCAUCCCAUCUAGCGUUCAUCUACUUUCUCACGUUGAUAUUCUUUCUGGCUUGGUUAGUGAAGAAUGUCUUUAUCGCUGUAAUCACCGAGACAUUUGCCGAAAUUCGAGUCCAGUUCAGUGAAAUGUGGCAGAAGAAAGACAUAACGUUUGAUGAGGAAUUUCGACAGAGACUCGAGAAAAACGAAGAUGGGUGGCGCCUCAUACGGUUAGAUGCCGACAUCAAUUAUCCCGGAAGGAAAUUGGCGUUGCAGAAGUUCCUCCGGAGUAUGGUGUUCCAAUGUUUUGUCAUAGUUUUCGUUCUGCUAAACGCCGUUAUCAACGCCUCGUUUGUGUAUAGGCACGAUCACACGGACAAAAUUAGGAAAUGGUACUACUAUCUUAUUGAGGUGAACAAAUCUAUUUUUUUCCCUGGUAAGAAACUUGGUGGUCUGGUGAUUUUCACAAUAACUUUUGUGAUAAUUGCGUCAGCCAUUUCACUGCAACUAUUCUACGCUGUACCGAAGCUCCACCACUUUCACACUUUCCCCCAGGCGUUUGUUUCGAUGUUUCAAAUUAUCACUCAGGAGGGUUGGACAGAUUUUGUUGUGGAAGUGCUGCGAGCUACCGAUGACAAGCUGGUGCCAUUUGUUGCCAUCUACUUUGUGGCCUACCAUUUGUUCGUCACCUUAAUCGUGCUCAGUCUGUUCGUCGCCGUCAUUCUCGACAAUCUCGAAAUGGAUGAAGAGUUGAAGAAAGUCAAGCAACUGAAAGCACGAGAAGCGGUUUGCAAUUUUAUGAAGGGUUUCUGUUCUCAUGCUGGAAAGCCUGAAUUCCAUUGUUUUAAAUGUAAACUACUACACAUACAAACACUUUAA